AUGACAGACGAUAAGAAGAAUAGAAUUGGUAGAUGGUAUUUUGGAGGAUUAGCUGGAGCAGCAGCCGCUUGUUGUACUCAUCCAUUAGAUUUGUUGAAGGUAUGUUUUUUUGACAAAUAAGAAUAAAAAUUCAAAUUUAUCCCUAAUAUAUAUCUCCAGGUUCAACUUCAAACACAACAAUCGGGAAAAAUGUCGAUUGCAUCGCUUUCGCUCAAAAUUUACAAAAAUGAUGGAUUCCUUGCAUUUUACAAUGGUGUUUCAGCUUCGGUUUUGAGACAAUUGACUUAUUCGACCACACGUUUUGGAAUUUAUGAGACUGUGAAGAAACAAUUGCCAUCGGGUGGGUUUUUUAAAAAUAAAUAUUCUUGUGAAGAAUCUAUAGAUAUUCAAAAUAGUUCAGAGCAUUUCUGGAACCUAAAAUUUCACGAAAAACUAAACUUUUCACCUUGAAAUAAAAAAAAAUUCAACGUCCUCACAUUUUUAAGAUCAACCACUUCCAUUCUACCAAAAAGCUCUUCUCGCCGCAUUUGCUGGUGCUUGUGGUGGAAUUGUCGGAACACCAGGAGAUUUGGUAAAUGUUCGUAUGCAAAACGACUCAAAACUCCCACCAGCUGAACGUAGAAACUACAAACAUGCCAUUGACGGACUGGUUAGAAUCACUAGAGAAGAAGGAUUUAUGAAAAUGUUCAACGGAGCAACAAUGGCAACUUCUCGUGCUAUUUUGAUGACUAUUGGACAACUCUCAUUUUAUGAUCAAAUCAAACAAACUUUGAUCACUUCGGGAGUAGCUGAAGAUAAUUUGACAACUCAUUUUGCUAGCUCAAUCUCAGCGGUGAGUUUUUUCGGAAUGACUGAAUGAAAAAAUUGGUUCAAAACACAUUAGUGAGACAUUUUUUGUUAACAAAAAGUAUAUUUUUCACUAUCAAAAACAAAAACAUAUAAAAAAUUACAAAUAAAAAUGACUUUCAAAAAUUCCAGGCUAGUGUCGCCACAGUUAUGACUCAACCAUUGGAUGUAAUGAAAACUCGUAUGAUGAACGCAGCUCCAGGAGAAUUCAAAGGAAUCGCUGAUUGUUUCCUUUACACUGCCAAGCUCGGACCAAUGGGAUUCUUUAAAGGAUUCAUUCCAGCUUGGGCUCGUCUUGCACCACACACUGUUUUGACAUUCAUCUUCUUCGAACAAAUCCGACAAAACUUUGGCUAUUUGCCAAAUAAAAAUUAA